UUUGUAGAGCAACAGCUGAGUUGCAGCUGGUUAUUGUCGGCGUCGUAGUCCAUUAAUAAUUUUUUUUGUUUUUGGAUACAAAACAAGAAUUCAACCAUUUCUUUACACAAUGUUUGAACGCAAUCAAAAGACAAUUUUUGUGCUGGAUCACACACGGUACUUCAGCAUAGCGAGCGAAGAGUACAUAUCCAUGGAGUAUCUAAAGGGCAAACAAACCGGAUUGGAAGCCGGAGCAAACGGUGGCACUCAGUUUAGCAAGAGUCUAUGGACCUGUGCAUGCGAAUCAUCAAUAGAGUAUUGUCGUGUGGUGUGGGAUCUAUUUCCUGGUACCAAACAUGUUCGGUUUAUAGUCUCAGAUACGGCUGCGCAUAUAGUGAACACCUGGAGUCCAAGCACCCAGAAUAUGUCACAUGUGAUGAAUGCCAUGGUCAUGGUCGGUGUACCAAGUAUGCCACAAAGCUCCGAUUCGUCGGUUAUACACGGACUUAGGGCAGCUAUCGAGGCUCUUGCCGAGCCCACAGAUGAACAAAUGCAAGCCAUGGGGGGCAAACAGACGCUGCAUAUUCCCAAUGAAGGACGCGUUAUAUGCAUUACAUCGGCCAGAGAUAAUACCAGCAUGAAAAGUUUAGAGGAUAUAUUCCACACGGUAUUAGUACAACAAAAUUCUUUGAUGACAUCGCCGCCAUCGAAAAAGGGUUUGCCCAUAGACCAUUGCCAUUUGGUUAUAUUGAAUAUUGUUCCAUUGGGUGUGGAAUCUCUGGUGACCAAUCGUAGUCUUUUAGAGAUUUCUCCAUUGCUCAAUGUGGAAAUACAUACGGUACCUGCUCCGGAUAUAUCGUACAAGUUGACGCAUCUUAUUCUGGAUCAUUAUGAGCUGGCAAGCACAACAGUCACCAAUAUACCGAUGAAGGAAGAGCAAAAUGCCAACUCGAGUGCCAAUUAUGAUGUGGAAAUAUUGCAUUCACGUCAGGCGCAUACGAUAGCGGGUGGGCCAGAUUUCAAUUUGCCCACGAGCAUUAAAACGGGUUCCACCUAUGAGACGGUGACCCUUAAAUGGUGUACACCACGAGGCUGCAGUUCAGCCGACUUGCAGCCUUGUCUGGGCCAAUUCCGUGUCACGCCGGUGGAUGUCACGUCACGACCAAGUUCCUGUCUAAUUAAUUUUCUCCUCAAUGGACGAUCCGUACUGCUUGAAAUGCCCCGUAAGACAGGUACUAAGGCCACCAGUCAUAUGCUCUCUGCUCGGGGUGGUGAAAUUUUUGUUCAUGCCCUAUCUAUUUUACGUUCCUGCAUGGAUGAAGCUCCGGCCAUUCAAGAUGGCCCUGGCGGACGGGUUACUGAUUAUAGAUUUGGUGAAUUGGGACAAUUGAUUAAGUUGUCCCGCAUGAUUCCAUUGAAAGCGAAAGAUCCAAGUCAUCCAACUCAUUCAACUUUGCGAAGGCGGUUGCCGCGCUAUUUUCCCUGGACGACUAGCUCUUCGAUUCUCUUUAAUUUACAGCGUCAAAUAAAUUGGUUGCCACAUUUUUUGCAUUUGCUGGUUAAAGAGGAUAUGGAUAAGCAGGAUGAAGUGCGUUGCCAACAGCAUAUACAUGAGCUCUACAAAAGUGCAUCACGUGGCGAUAUGUUACCUUUUACCAACUCCAAUGGAGGACGACUAAAACUAUCCAAAGCCAAGGAUCAAUAUCGGCUGCUGUAUAGAGAACUCGAGCAACUUAUACAAUUGAAUUCAUUCACACCGCAUCAUAAGAAUCUACUUGAAAGUUUGCAGAGUCUUCGAUCUGCUUAUGGUGAUGCCCCGACCAAAUCGGAGUCGGCAAAUGCCCUUCUACGUUCCUAUACAGAAUCUCCUCUGUCUCCCGAACGCUUGGAGCCCACCAGCAGUAGCAGCUCAAACAGUUUACUUAAGGCCAGAAAGCGACGAAUGUCCACUUGUGGUCAAAGAUCACUUUUCGAUAUCAUUAGCUCAGCGGAACGAAGUCAAUCUAAUAAACGAUUGGAUUUCUCAGGUCGUCUUUGCACAUUACCGGGUCAAGUGGCCAAAUUAUAUCCUGAUUUUGGCAAUAAGGACAAGGAUUCGCUUGUCAUUGCGGGCGGUGUGGCUUCGACUACAGCCAGUGCUAAAGAGGAGUCCAUACGUGGUUAACUUUAAAAUAUUAAUCUAAGAUUUAAUUUCUAUAACUAACUCGUAAGACAAAGAUUAAAUAUUAGAUAACAUAAAAAAUAUACAUUAUACAAAUAACCUA